AUGUCUGCUCCUGCUCCAGCCAAUCGGAGGUCUGGGUUGGGCUCUCGCCGAUUCAACCCUCUGAAGGCGCUGCAGCCCAAACGCCGCUUGCAGCAAAUACUGGCGUCCUCGCCCGUCCCUGUGCCCAAGCCGGCGUCGGGGACGGCUGUGCCAGGGGCCACGGCGCCAGUGGCAAUUCCUGUGCCAGCGCCCCCUGCGUUUGACUAUUGCAGGUUCAUAGAGCUAGACUACGUUCCCAUGGAGACAGGCUAUAUGGUCUCAAUGCGCCCGACUAAAGGCUAUGCAUCGACCAAGUCGCCAACUAAAGGAUGCGCUUCCACCAAGUCUCCAGAUCGCCACAGCCGCUCAACAAACUCUCCCUCCACCCCUCGUUGUCGGCGGACACCAGCCGCGCCCAGUAACAGAGAUCCCUAUGGCAACGCCUCCAUCAGCAGUGGCAGCAACUCAGGCUCUUGUAAAGGCAGCGACUGCAGCCCCACCAAAGGACGUCAUCAAAAGUACACGUCAUGUACAGACAACCAUGGUAUCCGGCCCCCUCCACCAGAGCAGUAUCUCACACCCCUGCAACAGAAAGAGGUCUGUAUCCGACACCUGCGGGCCAGGCUAAAGGAAACAAUCAACACUCUGCAAGACAGGGACACAGAGAUAGAUGAGCUGAGAGGCCAGCUCUACAGGAUGCAGGAGGACUGGGUUGAAGAGGAAUGUCACCGCGUAGAGGCUCAGUUGGCCCUGAAGGAGGCACGUCAGGAGAUCCAGCAGCUCAAACAGGCUGUGGACACUGUUCGGGCCAGGCUCAGUGAUGCUGGGGGGCUUAGCGGGGACAUAGGGGUCCAGAAGUAUUUCCAGGACAUCAACACUCAGAAUCACAAGCUUGAGAACCUUUUGCUCAACAUGGAGAUAGCCCAGGCUGGAUUAGCCAAGGAGGGGGAAGCCAUACCAGGCUGCCGGAGCCGUGUUGGGGGUUCGGCACCAGCAUCAGUUUCAGGGGAAAGUCCGGGGGGAAUACCCAAACCAGCAGUAGGAGGGAGGGGUUCUUGCUCCUGUGAUGGUUCCCCAGCCCGUUCUCUGACCCGGAGCUCCACCUACACUAAACUGAAUGAUCAGGCGCUGGUGGACCGGAAUGGUAAUGGUGCAGACUUUCCUUGUCUGUCUGGUGAUGGCACCCAGGAUAGCGGCUUUGUGUGCUGUGGGGAGAGCAGUGUACCUAGCCGGGCCGACCUGCUGCUGGAGGCCGCCUUCCUCUCUGAGGAAACAGCAUCUUUACUCAACUCCUACACACAGACCUUUUCCCACUCUCUGCCCCACUCUCUGCCCCACUCUCUUCUGCCCCACUCUCUGCCCCACUCUCUGCCUAACUCUCUGCCUCACACUUACUCCCAUACCUUACCUCAUUCUUUCCCCCACAAUUUGUCCCACUCAGUGCCCCACACUAUGCCACACUCCUCCACCUAUGAGAAGCUGUGCACAGGCGAGCGACUGGCACCCUUUCGUUGUGGCCUGGGUGGAGUGGGCUGUAUGAGCCAUCCAUGCCUGUCCCACCACCACCUCUACCUUCACCCCUUGCGGGAAACAGGCAUUCAGACCGAAAGUUGCCCCAUCCCUGCAACAGCAGGUUACCCCUCUGAUCUGGAUACCAUUGCAGAGCAACGCACUUUCCGCUCCCAGGCCUGCAGCCCCACCUCCACCUGGAUGUCUGAUGAGGGAGAGGAAGAGCUGGACUCCAUCACCACCACAACUUCAGUAACCACAGCGACGGUCAUGAGUACAGCCACAGAGCCAAUUCCAGUCUCCAAAACACCACUGGUCCCUCCCCUACCACGAUCUGCUACUGUGGCAUGUUCCAUGGAAAGUUCUUUGUGUGAGGGGAAAGAGGGAGUGGAAGAAGAGGAAAAGCAGGAGAAAGAGAAGAGAGAGAAGGAAGCUGUCACAAUGGAAAAGCUGGAGGAAACAACACUGAAAAGACUGGCAGAAGAAGGGCAACAGAUGCAGAUGGGCUCAAAUGAGUUGGACAUUCAGGGUGCAGUGGAGGAGGCAGGACAAGGAAAACUGUGCGAUUUACCAGAGACAUCAGCAGGGACAGAGGGUGAGCUUACAUUUGGAGGAUGCUGUGGAGAAGGGAGACAGGGUGGGACAACACUUGAAAACCACGCUGCGGAAGACAGGAAACAAGGGGAUGGUCUAUCGGCAGGAUCAACCCAGGUAGAGGCAGCAGAUCUGAGUCCAAGUCGCACAAGAUUAUCACCAGAAAUAGAGCAGCCUCACACCUCCCAGCCGAGAUCUACUUCCCACGAAGAGAUAGCUGGUGUCACUGUAGUUGAGGUCCAUGAUGAGGAUGAUGAUGAGGAUGAAACUGAAGAACAAGGCGCCACAGGAAGCGCCGCAGCAGAUGGGGGAGAUCCGUCUGGCUCUGGGACAAUCGAGAAAAGCUACUGGAGCCGUCACUUUCUGGUCGAUCUGCUAGCAGUGGCCAUCCCUGUUGUGCCAACAGUGGCGUGGCUCUGCCGCGGCCCAGUCCGUAGUGGACAGCCAAUGUACCAUAUAGGGUCGCUGCUGCGAGGCUGUUGCACUGUGGCGCUGCAUUCGCUGCGCAGAGGAGGUGGGUUGAGGCAUUACCCCGCAGGCGGGGGAGACAUGGGUGGAUCACUGAUAUGAUAUGUUCAGCACCUCUGUUCUGUUUGGUCCUGCUCCUUAUUGUCUCUCACCCAUGGGUCCUUGCUGUUGCUACCAAGAUGUCUGCUAACAUUACUGACUUGUGAAAAACUGAAUGAGCUGAUUGAAAUGAAUGAUCUAUGCUUGGAUGUUUAAAACACUGAUUGUUUUCUUUUAAAUGCAGGGAAAUGUUCAAGGUUGAUUGAUUUGUCAACUUACCAGUCUGACUCAAUUCUGACAUGUUCAAAUUAUCUUGUUUUGAUGAGCGUGUACAUGAAAUAUGGUAUGUAUAUGUAUAGGAAUGUGUACAUGUAAUACCAAAUGGUCUUGUCUGGAGUAAAUGAGCUACACUCUGCUCUUUGACCAGUGACUGAGGGCAAAUCCACCCUAAUUCAGAAUUCACAUGACUGGAGAACGUUUGGGCUUCUCUUUGAGUCUUUGACGUCCUCAAAACUGAAAAGAUGGAGCUUAUCUGCUAUCAACAACGCAGACACAGAACUCAGGUUCACUCUAAGGGUAGAAACACACCAAAACAGACUGCGUCAAGGCAGAACUAUAAGAAUAAUCAAUCAGUCAUGCUGUUAAGCCAAACACAGUUUACUGCAGCUCACAUUGUUGUUUCUGUUCAUGCCAGGCAUGUUGUACAGAUUCAGCGUUUCUUUGUCUGAGCCCCCUGCAUUGGCACCCUAGCUCUGCAGCUGGAUUGGCCUCAUUUAAAUGAAUGAUGGUUUGCAUUUUUGCAGUCAGAAAUUUAUAUUUCAAUCGGUUUGAGCUGUUCCCACAUGGCUACUGUCAAAAGAUCUGUAAACUGAACUCAAACGAAGCUGGAGCCAGCAGGCAAUGCCCAGCAACCAAGCCUGACUUCACACCCAUCUGCCCAAUUCUAAACAAAAAGAAAUAAUUGUAUUAAUAAGAUGUGAGGGAUUUGUUGCUUUUACACUGUGUCCGGUGUGUUUCUACUCUGAGAGUAUAUGAUCUCUCCAGAACCCAAACAAAGCUGAUGCAAAAACUCAAGAUCAGUGAAUCCUUUUAUCUUCUCUGUGCAGAGCAUCCCUCUGGGUUUUGAUUCUGCAGUUAGCCACGGCAGACAUAUUUUCUACUCCUUCACUAUUUCAACCAUUAAAGGAAUGGUCUGACAUUUUGGGCACAUGAUUAUAUGCUUUCUUGCAGAGAGUUUGAUGAGAAGAUCGAUGCCACUCUCAUGUCUUUACACUAAAUAUGAAGCUACUGCGAGAAGGUGAUUAGCUUAGCUUAGCAUAAAGGCUGGAAGCAGGGAAAAACAGCUAGUCUGGUUUUGUCCCAAAUUCAGCUACUAGCACCUCUAAAGCUUAUGACUUAAAUUAAAUCUUUUUGUUUAAAUCGUACGCAACCAAAGUGUAAAAAAGACUUAUUGUGUUUUUUUGCAGGAAGCUACGCACUGGAACUCUUUCUUCCCUCAUAGGACCAGUGUGUAGAAUUUAGUGGCAUCUAGCAGUGUAGUUGCAGAUUGCAGCUCCCUCGCUUGACCUUCCCCUUCUAAGCGUAAAGGAGAAACUACGGUAGUCACAAAAGGUGCAAAUAAUGCGAAUGCCCCUAUUAAGAGCUUAAAUACAAUUUUUCUCUACUAUUUUCAAUUUCUGCCAAUAGAUCCUCCUAAAUGUUACACACUGGACCUUUAACAACAGCUCUCAGCCACUUUGUUUGUGUUUUUUUUACAUAUUUUCAUCACAGCCUUUGUUCUUUGGUUUCAGGCUAAAAGAGAGAGUAAUAAGACAACAUGGACAUAGGGGUGUCACAAUAUACUAUUGUUAAAGAUAAUUGUAAUAUUUAAAACUGAAAUAUUCAUAUUGUGUUAACACAUAUAAUAUUGUGUAAAUAAUCCAGUGCUGACAGCAUUAUUUGUUUAUUUUCUUGAAUUUUCUAUAGAUAUCGCGAUAAUAUCGUAAAUUGUUUUGGCCAAGAUAAUUGUGUAGUAAAAAUCUGAUAUUGUGACAGCCCUACGUGGAUAUUGUGUCUUAGGGUGGACUCCUAUACUCAGUCAUACGGUUGGUCCUUGUACCCCUAAACCUCAGCUGAAACUCAAUUUGGGUUACUUUCAUUUCACAUAACACACAUAGGAAAUCCGUUCAUAAAAUCUAAUAGUGAAGUCAUGAUCAAACACUUGUUUGUAGAUACUCACUGGCUCAGUUUGACACUUUGAUGCAGAUCUGAAUUAAGUGAGUUGUGCUCAGUCUGUGCUCUGUGCUGUAUAUUUCUGCUAACUUAAUGCUCUUGUUGUGUAGUUUAAUUGUCACUCUGGUAGUGUGUAUUUCAAGUCCACUGUACAAGAGUUAGUCAGUCACUGCAAAAAAAGUUAACUUUCUUUUCAUUCUGCAACUCAUUUUUUGUAAUUGCAUUAUGGAUCAGGAUGUUUUCUUUGUUUGAAUGUGCUUUUCCAGAGGACUUUGAUGAAAGUGGCAUCUGAUGGCAAUUUAUUCUGUUUGCUGAUCGUGUGCACAUGUUUAACUUAAUGUGUAAAAAUAAGGGCAAAUAAGCAGCCUGCAACUGUAAAAUCAAAAUACGUCUUGACUUUCAGAGACUCACAAGCCAAACGUGGAUCGAGAAACACCCCGACACAACCAGCAGAAAUAGUCUGACACCAACUGAAUUGUUCAGUUCUUUGGUGAAGAGAAAAGCAGCAUGAAUCUUUUUGUUCUUACUAUUUGUUUGACAUAUUUUGCACUAUUGUUCACUUUAUGAAUUUUAAGCAAUUACUUGAAGUCGAGAUUGUAUGUGUAUCCAAAGGGUUGUAUGUCCACUGAGUUCUGACUGAUGGGGGAGUUGAGCAAGCCUUUGUCACAACCUCGUUCAACUUCCUCCUUUCCUGUACUGAGAUGUGCUAUGUGCUAGGCUGAUCUAUGUUGAAAAGACAAACACAUUUUGAAGAUGGUUAAAAGAUAAAAGUGACAUAUAGAUAUAUAUAAUAUCACAUCUUGAGUUAGCUAAUGUUAGCAAAAAGGGGCGAGACUUAGGAAGGGUCAAUUAAGUUUGACAUUUAGAGUGUUUAAGUGAAACAGGUGACAUGUAACUAAGAUAAUGCAGACAUUUCAGGUAGAUACUUAAAAAUACUACUACAAUAUAUUUAGUUAUUUCUGUGAAUACUGUAAAGCAGCUGCCUUUCAUCCAUGAUAAGAGCUAUUGAUCUCAGCUCUUUACAUUUUGACCACAAUGUGUAUCUACAGGCCAUACAAAAUAAUGGACUUUUAAGUCUAAUGCUAUUGUAAAAAAAACACACACUGGUAAAGAAUGAGCCGUGUUAAUACUUCAAAUUAUAUAAUUGUCAGACGUCAGUGACAAUCAUGACAAUCCCUGUCUGUGUUUGGGUUUCACUUCAUCGAUCUGAGGGAUCCACAGCAGUGGCGGUGGCGGCGGCGGCAGCCAUUAUCAGUGCAUUAAGAGCUGUGAAAAGACUGAGUGAAUGCCUUGGAGACACACAGCCUCUUCUCCACUUACUUUGCCACAUUUGCUCAUUUUCCUUGUUCUCAUGAGUUGUGUGCACUAGCUAUGUUCCCAUUUCCUGACUGUGUGAACUGCUUGACAUGAAGUGGAUUAGGAGGCUAAAACAAUUUCAUGUUUUACAAAAAGCCAUAUAAUCCUGUGAGGGAACAGGUGUGAGAAUGUCGGAGGCGGCCUCCUCCUCUCAAUAUUAAUGUAUUGUGAAAAAAAUCUCUUAAUAAUGAAAGUCAUGUGAGUGAUAACUACUGUUUGUCAGCACUAUACUUUGAUUUCAGUCAUUCAGACUCUCAUGCUGCCGUUAAAGACAGGCUGCUGCUGUAACAGAAACAGGGUGAUAGAGGAAAGAAAGGCCAAAUUUAGUGAACUUGUGAUGUAUAAAGAGGUCCAGGCUUGUUGUGGGUAGCAACAGUCAUCUCAACCCCUUCAUCUAUCUAUGCACAACAGUCUACACUAAAGCUGCAUUAUGUUUUCAUGUAUGUGUGUGUCUGAUAAUUCUAUUACUAAACUGUAGUGCAUUGUUAUUAUUGGUAGUAUUGUUAUACGGAGCUCCCCCAAAGUCCUGAAAGAUGAUUUUUAAAAUCUUGUGUGCGUUGGAUCUUGCUUGCUAAUAACCGUUGUACAAGAUAAAAACUUGUCACCAUUUGACAUCUUGUGCUCACAAGUUUUCAUUAUGUUUUUCUACGCAAAUAACAUUAUUCUGUAUUCUGUAAGUUAUGUAUCUAGAAACACUGGUAGAAACACUACUGCUAUUAUCCACAGGGGGCGCCAGAAUCAACACAAAAUUAAAAUUUCGUAUAGGGUCUUUAAAUAGACAGGUAAAAUGUAUUGAUAUGGUUGAAAUUGUCUAACUUAACGUAAUGGAUAGUUGAAAUAGUGAGCUAAAAGUAUUAAAUGCCAUGUUGUUCAAAUAAUAAUAUGUGCACAAUGUGCAAGAUUGAAGAUAAUAACAGAAGUUCUCAGAAGCUGACAAAAUUAAAAAGAAAAUGUCAGGACUUUGGGGCCUCUGUACUCAGUAGCUUUUUGUCCUUUGCUUUGAUGUAUGUUGGUGUUUCUAACAGGCCUGUAUUACACCUUUUUGUCUUCACUUACUAGUCCUAAAUGGGUUUGGUGAACAUAAUGACAUCCUUGUCAUUUUGUCUCCUACAUUUUCCAGUUCUAUGGGUAACAAAAUGCCCUUGUUUGUGUCAGUCCAGUACUCUCCCAUGUUCAAUGCUUCAGUUCCAGCAGUGGCUGGAAACUCAUCAGAGUGUGAUUGAUUCAUUCAUUAAAAGUUCAAUCUGAUUCUGCUCCCAUCAGUCUUUACCAUACCGCACUUUAUCAAAACCCAUUCCGAGAUUAUCGCGAAGCCAAGGAGGCCAUUAUCCCGAGGGUGUCCUACUCUGCACGAACGUCGUUGUGCCUCACAGUGACCCGGUUUUCUAUUUCUGUCCCAUAAUACACCUAAACUUCCUGCUGUAGUGUGAGGUUGUGUACAGUAUGUGGGUGGAGGGGGGUGACUGAUUAUAUACUACGUAUAUCCUUAGACACAUAAUGCUGAAUAUUUCUUGGGGAAGACAGGAGGAGGUGGGGGGUGUUUGGCUUUUUUUUUUGGUCAGUAUUUAAAUGUGUAUUGUCAUUAUAUGCUUUAUUCCUCGUCUGAUUGUCUGAGUAUGUGUUUCAUAGCCUAUGUAAUGAUAAUUGAUGUAUACAGAGGUUAUACCAAGUCCUUCAACAUCCUACCAUUGAGGACAUUCAAUGCCUUGUAUAGGAAUUCAUCUGAAAUUAUAGAUAUCUACAGAUAACGUCAUGUAAAUGAACUAUUUUAAUGGCAAUAGUAGUGUGUACAGUAAAAUACAUCAGUAGGCUACUUCUCCAUUCACGCUCCCACCACACUGUAUAAAGAAAGACCAAAAGCCCCUAUAUUAAACAGC